GAAAAAUAUCUAGUUCUGAAAGGCAGGCGGUAAUCUUCUUCAUAGUAGAAGCCGUCACUUACUAAAUCACCCCUCCAAGCCACGCAACGCUCACCCCACCUCACAACUUGUGCACAAUUUUCCAUUAAACCAGUAGCCGCUAUAUUUUUCUUCUCUAUCCCAAAUUUUUCUCAUAUUCUCCUAAAUCAGUAACUAAAUCACAAAACUAACCUGAAGAACGACAUAGUUAGUUGAGAGAUUUCACACUCGAGUCAAAACCCUAACUAACCAGCGAUUCUCCAUAACUGAUGUCGGCGAUGGUUUGACGGUUGCAUCCGCGGUGGUUGCGGAAAACUCCGGUCGUGUGGCAGUGAAAAUUCUUUUUGACGGUAGUGAUCUCGACGGAACAGAAGGUUGCCGUUCCGGAACAGUUUCAACCGAACGGUGUACUUGAUCUACACACUUUGCUGAUUUUGAUGUUAUUUGAUCCCUCUGAAAUCCUGAACCUUCAUGCUCAUUUUUUCUAAAGGAAAAAGUAUAUAUCUAAUAUAGCUGGAUUAUAUAUCAUGAGUUAUACACUUACACUGUCAUCAUUCCAGUGUGGUUGAAUGUAGGAGUGUGAGUCAACAAGCUAAAUGGCCUGUAGUAGCCGGAAUCCUCUUGUUGUUGGGCGUGUAAUAGGGGAUAUAUUAGACCCAUUUGAAAGUUCUAUUCCUCUCCAAAUUACCUACGGAAAUAGGAAUGUUUCCAAUGGUUGUGAGCUUAAACCUUCUCAAGUUGCCAAUCAACCUCAAGUGAGUAUUGGUGGAAAUGACCCCAUGAUCUACUACACCCUGGUGUUGGUAGAUCCUGAUGCACCUAGCCCAAGUUACCCCAGUUUUAGGGAGUACCUUCAUUGGAUGGUGACUGAUAUUCCAGCAACUACCGGGGCUAGUUUUGGUAAUGAGGUUGUAAGUUAUGAAAAGCCACACCCCAACUUAGGGAUUCAUCGUUUGGUGUUUGUAUUAUUACGUCAGCGGUGUAGACAAAUAGUCUAUGCUCCGGGAUGGCGACAAAAUUUUAAUACAAGAGAAUUUGUUGAACUUUACAAUCUUGAAUUGCCAGUUGCUGCUGUGUUCUUCAAUUGUCAAAGGGAAGCUGGAUCUGGAGGAAGAACCUUUCGAUAAAUUAGCUUUAUUUUAAUGCAAGCUUAGUUGAUAAAUCCUACAAGAAAAACUCAUAGAUGUUAUAGAUAUAUAUACAAACACAAUCAUGAGGGUGACAUGUACUACAUCAAUAAUGCUAAUAUUUGCCAACAAUAAAGAUGGUUGUUUGGACUUUGGAUUCUAUGAAGAUUGAAAGCCUUUUCUUUGAA